AUGAGUAAUCCAAGCAAUGCUCCCCAUGUCGACCGUGAGUUGGAUUUAUCAAACACAGGUCGCGGUGUUUGGCUCGUUAAGGUUCCAAAGUAUAUUGCAAAUAAAUGGGAUAAAGCUCCAGGAGAUAUUGAAGUUGGUAAAUUAAAAAUUUCUCGAGUUCCUGGACGAGCACAAGUACAGUUAUCAUUGUCAGAGGCAGUUUUGUGCCUUGAACCUGGGGAACAAACAAUCCCUAAAGAACAUCUUCUUGACGUGUCGAAUGUGACGAGACAAUCAUUAGGAGUAUUCUCGCAUGUCGUGCCUUCAAAUAUAGAUUCUGUAGUGCCUGAAUCAGAAAAACUUUAUAUGGAGGGAAGAAUAGUACAAAAAUUAGAAUGCAAACCAUAUAAUGCUGACCCUACAUAUUAUAGAUUAAAGUCUGAGUCUAUCAGAAAAGCAUCUAUGCCUCAAAGACAAGUGCAGCAAUUAGAACGCAUAGUGCAAAACUUUAAGCCAGUAUCAGAUCAUAAGCAUAAUAUUGAAUAUCAAGAGAGGAAGAAAGCAGAGGGUAAGAAAGCUCGUGAUGAUAAGGAAGCAGUGCUUAAUGUUCUCUUUGCAGCAUUUGAGAAACAUCAAUAUUAUAAUAUUAAGGAUUUGCAAAAGAUUACAAGGCAACCAAUUAUAUACCUGAAGGAAAUAUUAAAAGAAGUAUGUAACUAUAAUCUGAAGAAUCCUCACAAAAAUAUGUGGGAAUUAAAACCAGAGUACAGGCAUUACAAACAGGAAGUCCCUGUCGCUCCUAAGGAGGACAAAAAUAGUUCAGACAGCGAU